AGAAAUUAGUCUCCAGAAAGCGAAGUCAAGAUGUGAAACUAUUUCAAGCACAGUCGAGUCAGAACGUCAAUAUCAAUAAGAGGGUUUAACCUUUAAGUCUCAACAAUUAAUAAGCUUCCUGGAAGGUGGUCCGGCCGAUAUCUGCAAAGCGAUAAAAUUUCAUCAGACCUAAAAUUUAUUCCAUUUAUGAUUUUUUAAUUAUUAUUAUUAUUAACUCACUCACUCACUCCACAUUCAUGUAUCUUUUGUUUGUUAACGUUUUGGUGGGUGCGAAUCGAGUGAAGCCAAAAUUACGACAUUCACGCCGGUGACGGAGUUCUCAUCUAACCCACCAAUCACGUUCCUCCACCUCACCCUUUCCUUCACUUAUUUUCCCUGCCACGUGUCCCGUCUUUCACCGAUCGGUCAACCCUUAACCUAAAAACCCAUAAACUCACAAUCCGUCUCUCCCUACAACUUCACUUUCUUUACUUGUUUUCCUAAAUCAGAUCUAGUGAUAUUUUUCCGGGUCACAGAAACCCUAACUAGAUCCGAUGGAAGAAGAAGAUGAGGUGCACUCAAAUCCGUCGCCACCGGCCAUCGGAUCUCCGUCUCCGUCAUCUCAGUCACCGCCAAACGAACGGAUUUCAGUGACAGUUGCGGCGGCUGCACCACCAAUUCAGCAACAGCAACCGCAGCAGCAGCAACAGCAACAACAUAAUAGUAUAAUAGUGGCUCCGCCGCCGCAGAGGAACGGUGGUGGUGGAGGGAGAGAAGACUGUUGGAGCGAAGGAGCCACUGCGGUGUUGAUAGACGCGUGGGGAGAACGGUACUUGGAGCUAAGUAGAGGGAAUUUGAAGCAGAAACAUUGGAAAGAAGUUGCUGAUAUUGUGAGUAGUCGAGAGGACUAUAGGAAGACUCCAAAGACUGAUAUUCAGUGCAAGAAUCGAAUAGAUACGGUUAAGAAAAAGUAUAAAUUAGAAAAAGCUAAAAUUUUGUCAGGUGGAGGAGCUAGUAAAUGGGUUUUCUUUGAAAAACUCGAUCAGUUAAUUGGUCCGACCGCUAAAAUUCCAGUCCCGUUAGCAACGGCACCAGCAGUAACACCUCCAGCUGCAGGUAGUUCAAGAGUACCAAUGGGAAUACCUGUUGGAUUAAGAACUCCGAUGGUGGCUGCGGUCAAGAAUCAGCAUCAGAUACAUUUGAGGAAAAGGAGUGGUAGUGGUAGUGGCAUGGCGGCAGCUGUGGAAACAGAGUCGGAUGAGUCGGAGGAGGAAUCGCGAGAUUCAAUGGAUAGUUUUCCUCCGGCAAAGAGGAUAAGAGUGGCUGUGGAUUUAGGGAAAGGGAGAAAAGAGAAGGGAGGUUGGGGUGAUUCAGUGAGGAUGUUGACACAAGCUAUAUUGAAGUUUGGGGAAGCUUAUGAGCAAGCGGAGAGUGCGAAGUUACAACAAGUUGUGGAGAUGGAAAAGCAGAGGAUGAAGUUUGCCAAAGAGCUGGAGUUGCAGAGGAUGCAAUUUUUUAUGAAGACACAGUUGGAGAUUUCACAGAUAAAGCAUGGAAGGACGACUGGGAAUGUAAGUAAUCACCACAGGAAUAAUAGCAAUAACAAUAAUAACAACAAUAGUGAUUGUAGUAUCUAAUUCUAAUCAAGUUAUCUAUGUUUGGGUUGAGAUGUGUAGUUCUAGAUUGAAAUUUAGAUUUAGGCUUAGAUUUAAUUUAGAUUUCUUUGUUGUUGUCUGUGGGUGAAGACCUCAUUGAUGAUUAAAUGUUGUACUGGAAUUGUUGGCUUUAUGUAAUGUAAACUGAAACAAAUAUUCAUGAUUGAAAGCCUGUGGGAUUUGUUUAA